AUGGUCCGGAACUACUCGCAUACCAAGCAAAAGUUGUCCACCGACAAUAGCAACCUCUCCACCCUUUUCACACUAGGAGGCUAUCCCUGGUACAUUGAGUACUACCCCAACAACGAUAACCCAGACUGCGCCGACUUCAUUUCUCUCUGUGUUAACGGUUACCAAGACAAUCUCCAACAAGAGCCCGUGGAGGUCAAUCUUGGUUUCAGCUUCAUCGACCAGAAGUGGAUUCCAGUAGUGUGUGACAUCAUGGUCGUUCGCAACAAGGAUCCCAGAACCGAGGAUACCACCAAGGUGCUCCUGCCUGACAUAGACCACCAUUUCAACAGUCUCCUUCAAACAAACGUGGGUGCCGAUGUGGCAUUCGAGGUCGGCGGUGAGACCUUCAUCGCACACCGGUGUGUGCUCGCUGCCCGAUCCACGGUGUUCAUGGCACAUGUCUUUGGCCCCAUGAAGAAGGCGUCCAACAAUGUCAUACAGAUCCAAGACAUGGAAGCAAAUGUGUUCAAGGCACUGCAUAGCUUUAUCUACACAGACUCAUUCGCUGUGGUGCACAAGGACAAUGUCAACAUGGAGGAGGAUGUAAUGGUACAAGUUAUGGAAGAUGGGCAAGAAAAGGAGGCAAUUUUAGAGGAUGAAAUGUUGCUGCAAUGGUUUCAACACAUGUUGGUAGCGGUUGAUAGAUAUGAUGUACAAAGGCUCAAAUGCAUCUGCGAGAAGCAGUUGUCUGAGAAGAUAGGUUUGAGCAUGGUGUUGUCUGCUCUUGCUUUUGCCGAGCAGCACCACUGCCAGGGAUUGAAGGAGGCGUGCUUCAAGUUUAUCCAAGUCCAGUCCCCCUUGUGCUUGCAAACAAUAAUGGCAACUAAUGGCUAG